AUGUCAAAAUAUGAGCUGUCGAAGGAUGAUGAGGAUUAUUGGAAUAGCAGUGAAGGACAUUCUUUUAGCUUUGAUCAAAAUAAUGAGUCAGACAACGUAUUUGGAAUUUCAAAAACUGGUACUGCUCAGCUAAGAGCAGGAAUUUCAACAAUAAAUUCACCGACUGAACCUUCAUCGUCUUAUCUGACUCCAGAAUCUGUUGAUUUGACGUUUAAACCUUUGCUGGCAAUUAUUUCUGAGCCGGUUUUAACAAUAAUUUUAACUGCAGAAAACAGACACCUGUUACCUGAUAAAUCAAAUAUUGUCAAUCCGUCGGUAACUGUCAGAAGAAUUCUUCUAGGACAAAGUUACUCCCUAGAGAAUUAUAAAUCACUUAGUAAUAAAACUUCGUUACUAGACACAGCAAUUGCAAGCGGUAAUGGUAACGCUGUGUUAAUUAUUACAUUAUUUAUUAUCAAAACUCUGAAGCUUGCGUUGAGUCAAAAAAUUUUAAUGGAAAGACCUGACGCUCUUAAUGUUUAUGUUCAUUAUUUGUCGACCAGAUUACAAGUUAAUGAAGUUACUGAUUUAUUGAUGAUGCAAGGCAGAUUGGUCGAUGCAGCACUAAAAACUUUGGCAAUAACAAUAAAAAAUACUCGAGAUGAUGGAAGGCUUCUUCAAAAAUUAAUAAAAUGCUACAAGACUCAAUUUAUCAACUUACCAGAGUACAAAGAAUGUUUAUUUGUAAAUAAUUUUAUAAAAUUACUGGAAUGGAAGAUUGCGUUAAACAGCGGAGGGGUAAAAAAUUUGGGAAACAACAGUGUAUUGGAUUGUUUGAAAUAUAUAUGUGAAAAUAAUUGGAAUAGUUCACAAGACGCCGCUGUUUCUCCAGCGAAAAUUUUUGCAAAUCAACAUGAUGUUACUCCAAGACAGUAUCAGAAAACUGUGCUGAAAACUCGGGUUUCUGUUCAAGCUUGGGAUGAUGUUAAUAAUAUACUUUUAUCUAAGGUUGGAUGGCUGGGAAGCGAAAAAUUACAAUCAAGCUUACCAAUAGAAGAUAUUUUGAAAAUUUUACAUCAAGGUCAGGCACCUACGACUAUAAUUGAAAAGUUUUUAAAGUAUGUAGAUAACAUGAGGAAUAGAUUACAACUUGCUAAAAAUUAUGGAUGUAAUAGAGCAGUGGUUGAGGCUCGUUGGAUUGUGACGGAGGGUAUGGGUACGGAAUGCAACCCGGCUGACCUCCGGGAGAGACACACCAGUCAACUGGAGAAUUCGGACCCGGUAGCCCGUUGA